GUCUCCUGGCCGAGUCCCAUUUCUGGCUGCUCAUGCCACUGGGACUGGGGCGGCGGAAAAAGGCACCACCUCUGGUGGAAAAUGAAGAGGCGGAGCCAGGCCGCAGUGGCCUGGGAGUGGGGGAGCCUGGGCCCCUGGGUGGAAGCGGAGCAGGGGAAUCCCAGAUGGGCUUGCCCCCACCUCCCGCUGCCCUCCGGCCUCGCCUCGUAUUCCACACCCAGCUGGCCCACGGUAGCCCCACAGGCCGCAUCGAGGGCUUCACCAAUGUCAAGGAGCUGUAUGGCAAGAUCGCUGAGGCCUUCCAACUGCCAGCUGCUGAGGUGAUGUUCUGCACCCUCAACACCCAUAAAGUGGAUAUGGACAAGCUCCUGGGUGGCCAGAUCGGGCUGGAGGACUUCAUCUUUGCUCAUGUCAAGGGGCAGCGCAAAGAGGUGGAAGUAUUCAAGUCUGAGGAGGCACUGGGACUAACCAUCACUGACAACGGAGCCGGCUAUGCGUUCAUUAAGCGCAUCAAGGAUGGCAGUGUGAUUGAUCACAUCCAGCUCAUCAGCGUGGGUGACAUGAUUGAAGCCAUCAACGGGCAGAGCCUGCUGGGCUGUCGGCACUACGAAGUUGCCAGGCUCCUCAAGGAGCUGCCCCGAGGCCGUACCUUCACCCUCAAACUCACAGAGCCUCGGAAAGCCUUUGAUAUGAUCAGCCAGCGUUCAGCGGGUGGCCACCCUGGCUCGGGCCCACAACUGGGCACUGGCCGAGGGACCCUCAGGCUCCGAUCCCGGGGCCCUGCCACAGUGGAGGAUCUGCCAUCGGCCUUUGAGGAAAAGGCCAUUGAGAAGGUGGAUGACUUGCUAGAAAGCUACAUGGGGAUCAGAGACACAGAACUGGCUGCCACCAUGGUGGAGCUGGGAAAAGACAAAAGGAAUCCAGAUGAACUGGCAGAGGCUCUGGAUGAACGACUUGGGGACUUUGCAUUCCCAGAUGAAUUCGUCUUUGAUGUCUGGGGAGCCAUUGGGGAUGCCAAGGUCGGCCGAUACUAAGACUGGAACUAAAUGUGGACCUUGAGAUUACCUGGGCUUGGCCUGGCUGGGGCCUCCAGAAGGGCUGCCACAGACAAGACCCGAGCAUCCUGCUUAGGCAUGUCACUCAACGGCCUGGGGAUGGCAUGGGAUGGAAGUGGCCUAUGGUCCUGGCCCCACUCCGAUCACCAUGGUGCCCAGCCUGGUUGGGAUCCCCGGCCAACCCCUGCCGGGUCCCCACCUACCUCAGUAGAGUAAGCGCAUGGGGAUGGGCCAGCACACUGGGCAGCCACCUCUGUCCCCAACACUUUCCACCAUCGGCUGGCAAAUUGCCCCUUCUGUCUCCCUGGGCCUUGGUUCUGUUUGGGGUCAUGACUUUCCUAUCUUACUUUUUUGCUUUGUUUUUUCAAGACAGACUCACCAUGUAGCGCUGGUUGUCCUGGAACUCUGUAGAUCAGGCUGACCUUGAACUCACAGAAAUCUGCCUGCAUCUGCCUUCCCAGUAAAGGUGUGCUUCACCACUCCUGACUCUCCCGACUUUCUUGCCACCAGAAAUGCAGGAAGGGCGCACAACCUCCCUAGUAAAGGCAGUAACACCAUCCCCUCAUGCAUCUCCGGCCUGAGAGGAGCCCUUUACAUUGCAUUCUGUUACCUCACAUUUGAGUGGACACUGUGGUGAGCCCUGGUUCCUCAUCAUCUCCCUUAGAAAAUGCAAGAGGGAGGAAUGAGCAAGGCAGUGAGUGGGCUUCUGUACCCUUACCCUCUUGGAUGUGGAGACUGUUCUCUGGGAGUUGUUUGGCUUUGGGGAAGGAGGGAUGGCUAGGGAAAGAAUGCAGCAGCUGAAACCUAUCUCCUGGAUUCCAAAUUGAAUUAGGAAUUAGGAAUUGGCUGGCCCACUGCCCCCUCCCCCUGGCUGUAGGCCAUCAAGCUUCCAGGCAGUGGUGGAAUUUGUGGCUUACUUGAGGUUCAAACCUAGUUCCCCACUCACCAAGCCCCUCGUAUGAAGAGGCUGCAGUUAACACCUCUGUUUAGGCAGCAUUCCUGCUGACCUGUUACAGUGCCCUGGUUGAAGCUGGUCAUACUUUGGGCACAGGCAUCCAUGGCACAGUGCUUCACAGGGACAUAAACCUGCCAAGCUUGUUUUGACAGUCCAUUUCAUCCUAGGAUUUAGGGAGAUCAAGGAAAGGGUGGGGUGGGACCCUGGCCAGACCUGGAGAGAAGGGAGACAAUUAGAACAAGGGAAGCCAGGCCAGAGGUCCCUCUCCAGCGCCCAGGAGGAAUGUUUGGGGGUGAGCCCAGUGGAGAUGCUGCAGGAAGGCUGAACAGGACUGGCUCCCUGAUUCCAGGCAGGAGAUGAGUUCUCUGAAUAUCAGACAUUUACAUGCACAAAGCCCUAUGGGCAGCCACUGUCAGGGUGACUUGCCAUCCCCAAUCACUGAGGUCGUUUCAGUGUGUAUGGUGGGACCCAUGGCCUUGUACAUGCUAAGGAUGACCUCUAUCACUGAACCAUGCCUCAGGACCUACAAUGGGGUCCUGUCCUGCAUGUCAUUGAUGGGAGCAGCUGGGAAUAUAUGGCUUUGUUGAGUGAAACUGAGUAGCAGAUGGUUGGUAACCACGUUGAACCAGGGCUGUUACCAUUGUGGGUAAGUGUUAGUUAGGUCCUCUGGGUUUCAGGGAGCUAUGUCUAGUGUUUCAUGGGUCUCAGGUAUAGCCUUGUUUGGGGGUCAGAAUAAAUACUUGGGCUUUUAA